AUGGUGCACGGCCCGAUUUCGGCUGUUCCCGUCGUGUCGCAGGUUUUUUUUUUGCUUUUUCACUUCUUUCUUUUGAAUUCCUUUAAAUCUGACGAAAUUCUCCUCAAAAAGGAUGUUUUGAGGUGUCACUGGUGCACUCUUCGGACUCAGUACGCGCCAUUCCGACGACUUCUGCUCCGUCGACGUCUUCGGCCGUUUUCGCCGCGCCUUCGAUUCAGAAUCGGGUACGUGGUCCCUUGUUUGUUUCGGCCUUUUAAUGGGCUCAAAGUUUUGUCGUCAGUAUAAUUUGCGCCGUAAUAAUUUGCGCUCGUCUUUCAUUUGGCCGUUCCAAUCGCUUGUGGUUUUAUAUGACCGAGUGUCUCUUGUUCAAAACAUCGAAUCGAUCUGAAAGAAUCAUUUUUCUGAGGCAUUGUCCUCAUUUUCAUCAUUUCAUUCGAUCAGAAGUAUUUUUUUCUGAUUUUUACAACCGACUCUUUUUCUUUUCGCAAACAUACCUGCGCAACUCUAGAACCGGUAAUCUCGAGAGGGAAAUUUGACCAACAAAGGUUCCAAAAAAUAAGGGGUGUUGGUGAACUUAGAGCACUCUAAACUAAGUGAAAUAUUCUUUCAAGGCCUUUUUCAUUUAAUAAUUUCUGCUCCCUUGGCAAGUAUUUCAAAGUCUGUCGAAGAAAUUUUUCAAUUAUUUUUUUGAUAUUGUUCUUGGCUUGAUUUUUUUGUUCCCAGCGUAAAAUAAAUAUAAAAUAUAGUCAUUUUUUUGCUGGUUUGAAAGGCGAGAUGAGUAGAUUAGCAAGGGUGAACGUUGCGUACGUGUUGCGGACUACGGCGCGAGACUCGAGCUCGAACGCAAUCCUGGAAAAUGUAGAAAAAAUGAGAUUUUUUUAAAUUUUUUACUUCUAUCCGUUCAAAUAAUUUUUUUGCCCACAUGGAAACUUAAUACACAGUGAAUUUUAAAUUUUAAAAUUUUGCAAAAAGCUACAUAAGACUUUUAAACACAAACGUUUUGAAAUUAUUGAGGUAAAAGCGAAUAGAAGUCGGAAAUGGUCUGUUUAAGUUCCUGUAUAAGUGUAGGGCCUCUAUGAACGGACGCAUUGGUCGUCGGUUCAGAUGGCAACAGCGUCCAGCGUCUAGGAGAACUCGGGCGUGAGAGAUGGGUCCACGCGACCUGAACUCGAGCCGUUACACCGCUGAUGAAUUGAUGGCUUGUGGGGGACACCCGGCGACAGUCGCCUCGACCUCCGCCGCCAUGCGUUCACACGCAAAUUCGCUACGCUUCAUCUUUUUGUUUCUGAGCAGUCUCUCUGUUUUUUUUUUUCUUUGAAACGGAUCUUAUUUUAAUUAGUUCUAAAGAAGUUUCUUCAUCUCUUUUUAUUCAUGAAUUCAUUCAUUCUUCAAAGUGGUGGUUCGACAAAUAAGAUAAAAUAUUAGGAUUGAAGUAAUCGCUUCAGAUUUCCUUUAACAUUGGCUCAAACUCCUUUUUUGAGUAAAAAAGUAUAAUGAAGUUUCCAAAACUUUCCUUUUCGAGUUAGAACGCCUCAAGCUCAAAAAAAAUCAUCGCAUCGGUUGAAUGAGCCCUCCCCGAAAUUUGAGUUUUUUUCAUUCUAUUUUGUCAAUUGGCACAAAAUGAAACUCUGAGGAUAUGUUAGUGUUCAAUUUUUCAUUGAAAAAAGAGGUUCAGUCAUAAUUUAAUUGAUUUUAAAAGCGAAAAAUAAAAGGAUCUCUCGUGUGACAAAUGUCACUCUGUCAACGCUCUUUCAUUAAUUUGAGAAGCAUUUUUUUCAGAGAGAAGUUUUCAGUUGUUUCAUGACAGAGCAAAGUUUUUCUUUAUAGAGAAAAGCUUUUUUUGAAAAAUUUUUGAUUUUUUUGCGCUGUAAAAUGUACCAGAUCAUCUAAUUUUUCUUAGAUUAAAAAAAUUUUUAUGAGUGUCAUAAUCUCUUUCUAUUUCUGUCUUCUGUUGAUGAUUCACCACGAAAAAUUUUUGCUGGAAGUUCAAAAGAUUUUUAGGGUCUAAAAAAAGUAUUGAAGUAGAAAAUAUGAGAAAGAAACAUUCAAUUCAAAAGAACUAAAAGCUUUAAAAAGUCAGCUCGUCAAUUUCAUGUUGUUGGAAAGGUCUUUCACUAUCGUUUGACAGCAUCCAGCCAAUCUAUUCUUUUCUUUUCUCAGUUUUUGUUUCUUCAGGCGCUCCCUUUCAGUUUGAAGUUUCUUUCCGCCGCUAGGCUGUUUCGUAAAUAAUGAUCUGUUUUAAUUACCCAAAGACUUUUCUAUAUCGCCAUUUUACCGAGUGAAGCCCACUAUUUUCACAACUCUUUAGUUUAUCCAGUAUUGCAUACCUCGAAAUUUUUUGGUUUCAUGUGAAUUCUAGUUCAAGUCGAUUCAUGGAAAGAGAGAAAAGUAUUAUAUGAAACUUAUUAUUUCUUGCGUGUGAAAUAGUAAUACUUUUCGUGUUUACGCGUUAACAUUUUUUUUUUAAAGAACGAGGAAAAAACUAAAAAAAAAACUAAAUAACACUCGAGAUUAGCGAAAAAUUCACUUGGUUUCGAUUCGGCCGUUGAGUUUUUGGGAAGCGAUAUCUCUUCGCGCAAUCUAUUGGUUUUGAGGUCGGCGCUCUCGCGCAUGUCUUUUUGAGCCAUUUUCUUCGUUUCUAUCACUUUAUUCCAGAUUUUUCCUUUUUCCUCGUUCUUUUUGUGCAGACCUCUUUCACUUGAUAGGUGAUUAAGGGGAUUUCUAUAGGUUAGGUGUCGCCGCGAAAACGAAACCACCUUUUUUUGCGCACCCGGAAACCCGUCUUGGUGGCCUAAUGCGCUACGCUUCACGUCAUGUCAUACAAGCUGCCAUCAGCCCUGCCAUCAUCUCGUGUCUUUUUUUGUUGCCAACGAUAUCCACGUCUUUCUUUUCUUCUUUCAUCUUGUUUCGGAGUAUAUUUGCUGGAUUCUUCUUGUACAUCACAAGAUAGCACUUAAUUAGGCGAUAGUUUUAUUUUUCGAUUCGGAGAUUCAAUUCCAUCAGGAUAAAAAGUUGAAUAAUUUAUAAAAGGUCCAUAAUCGUUCAUAUAAUAUUGAGCUAUCAAACAACUUUAGCCAUAGCUUUGAAAAGAAAAUUUUAAUGGCGUGAUUAAUGGAGAUUCUAAUUGAAAAGAGUGUGGUUGAGGUUCUAUAAGGUUUAGAGAAUCUUCCUUAACUAUUUUUUAUUCCGAUGUUUUUAGUUAUUUAGAAACAUGAACUUCUUCUGUGAUGUGUCUGAGUUGAACGAUUAGAUUAGUGUAGCGACAAGAGAAAGUUGUAUGACACCCAGCGAGCUAGAAGCUGCUCCACGGCACAUUUUGAUAGGUUUUGAUGAUGGGCUCGUAAGAAGUUCUCGGCUUCACAUGUGGAACGAGCGAUUCACAUGCCGUUGCGCAUCUUCGCCCACGCCGUUUUUCGCUUCGGUUCUUCUUUGAGCAAUCGUCAUGUUCCCACGUGCGUCCGUUUAUUACUUUCGACGGCCACAGACGUUUUUUCACUCUUGGCCGCCUGACGAAAACAAAACUUGGCGGUUUUGCGGUAAGAUGAAACUUAGUCGCCGUGACGUUUUCAUUUUUGCCCAACCUUCUGUGCAACUUCGGAAGUUUUUCGUUCUGGAAAACUUGACCACUUCGUACUGGACAUUAUGUGAAUGGCUAGAAAUUCCGUUCACCCCUUUUUUCAUCCUUCUAAUUUCUCAAAAAAAAUAUUGGUCUAAACGGGAAACUAGUUUUAAACAUGUUUUUUUUUUAAAUGGAUUCUAUUAAACAGCUUUGAUUCUUUCAUUUCACAACAACAGGGAUAUAUGGGCAUGAAGUGAAGCGCUGAUUAUAUGAGAUAUGUUUUUGUUUAUUUAUUGAACUGUAACAUUGUUUUGGCUCGUUUUUAUUUUGCGAAAGCCUUAAAAAAUAAAUGAUUUCAGGAGUUUCCAAAAAUUUGAUAACCUGAUAAAAUUUUUUUUGUUCCUUGAUUUUUCUUACCGCAAAAUUCUUGUUGUUGGCCUCGUUAUCUUUUCGGAAUGAUUUUAGAGGCGCGUUAAAGGGUUUUCUGUUUUCCAACUCUUUUAGAGAAAACUUUUUAAGAACUUUCGUUCUGGCAAACAUGAUAACGAAACGUGGAUUCUGUAAAAUGUUUCAAAAAGUCCAGUGUUAUUGAUCUUUUUUCGUGGAGUAACUAACUCGGAACGAUGUGCGAAGGCAGUUUGGUCACUUUUUUUUUCCUUCUGCCCACUCCGCCUUCUCUUCAAUCGUUUUGUGCGCGUUUUGCACGUGGACAUCGUCUGAGACCGAUAUUGUUAUCGAAAUUGCGGGUUGUAGAUGUCGAAGCCGCCGGUUCGGAUUGUGGCCCAGCCGCCGACAGCCGCCAGUUUCGCGUCCGGUCAGCACCACAAGAACCACGUACCUACGAUGCCUGUCCAGCCGAUGUCCGGAAGGUUUUAGUUUUUCAGUGUUAUGGCUUGAAACUUAACACUUAAUUAAGUCGGGUCAUGAAAUUGCAGUUCUACAGAAAUUUUAAGGUAUUUGAUAUUAUCUGAUUUCAAUUUAGCUGUGUUUUGAGUGAAUAAGGUAUCGGAUUUCGAAGUGUGGGAAUGACUAAAAAAUGACCUAGUAAUUUUAUUUCCUACAAUAGAAGACAUUUUUUUAGAUCGAACGAUGAGUACUCGGUAAAAUUGCAGCGUCAGAAUGGAGUGCAUAGGUGGUCGGAAUUAUCCGUGAAACUGAUUUGACGAAGCAUUUCAGUGAGAUUCAAAAACCGGAAGUUCUUGCCCUUAGAACCCAGGAGGCGCUGCAGAAAGUGCGCGCCAUCAAGCGGCAGGUCGCAGACGAAGAAUGCGAAUUGCGGAGGUAUCCUCAAGAGAAAGUUCGGGAUCCAGAAGGUGGAGGUUGAGGUUGCGCGAGUUGGAGCACGAGGCUGGAAUCUUGCGGGAACGGAACGGGCGCCGCGAAAAGGAGCUUGAGAAGGAGACGGCCGUUCUGCACGAGGAACAGCUUACUCUGAGGAACGCCACUUUGAGGGUACAGGGACUCACGCGACAGGUAAUCCAAUCGCCCAAACUCAUUAAUUGAUUGGAAAACUCAUGGUUUUUGCUUGAUAGUCGGGCAGGAAGUUAUGAAGAGUCUACAGAAAGAAACUCAUAAUUGCAAUAAAUUGUGUUUAAAGCGUUAUGUAUCAUGUUAUUUUUCUGUAGAGUAGUGGCAAAAAAGGUUUCAUAUCAUGCAUUCAAGUUUUUUGUUUGUUUAUCGAACCCUUUUCCAGCUUGAAGAAAUGUACCGAAGGCGUCAGACGGCGGCUGCUGCAGCUCUGGUCGAACACCGAAAAAUGCAGCAACAACAAGUUUGCUCUACCGAAAAAAGGAAUAAAAGAAUGUUUAAUUGCAGCAAUUGAACCGCUCUUUUGACCAUGCCUCGUUUUCGAGCUCGCGAGCCACGCCGCCGCAGGAAAUCGUCCGCCCCCGCGCCUCCGUCGAACCAUUCCAAGUGGUGCCGCACAGCAAACCUGGCAACGAGAACGAAGUCGUCAAAAACAUGGAUUUUGUCGAUAGGUUUCUGAGACAACGCACGAAGCGAUUCUAUGUUGUUCUCAUCUUAAGUGCGUGUCAAGAUGCUGAUUCGACGAAACUGGGGAUCCCAGCUGAGCCGGCUUAUCAGGCGCCGUCGCCAAAGUCGGAAGGAAAACGCGAAGACGUCAGUCCUUCUCCGCCCAAGGAUCCGCAUCCUAGCCAACCUUCGCCCUCUGUCGACUCCCAUCGUCUGUCUUCCUUGUCCGACCAAACCGAUCCCGGACAGCUCUACAAUAACGCCUUGGUACUGGCAUCGUUUUCUUCAGGGGAAAAAGUCACCAAACUAAUAGUUUCGAAGUUUUCAGUUUCAUUUUUUGAACGAAAAUAAUAUUUCUUGCUUUAGUAACUGAGUCACGUUAGUAUAAACGAAAUUUCAAGAUAUUUUUUAUUGGCCUUGCUUUCGGAAAUAUGCGCUAGGUUGGGUUCAAAAUAAUGGUCAUGAUAUGAUUAAAGAAAGCCUUUAUCUUCCAGGCGUCGGAAGUUGAGCACCUGAAGUUGGAUCGCCCUACCUCGAUCGUGUUUGCCGAUAGUCUUGACGAAUCACGGCUUCGUACUGGAAAAACAGAUCUAGUUUCUUUGAGGUCCGACUCACUGAAAGCGACCAAAAGAAGGUAUGAAGAAGGUGAAGACUGCUCUCGAUUCUCGAGUGUCUCAGGUCCUGGGCGGCGUCGGAGGGAACGUCGAUGACAGAAGCUGAGACGAUCUUCCGUCUUCUGGAAGAACAACGACGCGGCAGAACCCACUUCAUCCCCCAGCUGCCGACCCCCAUCGAAGAGCCAUCGACGGCUCCGGCCGAACAGCUCGAAGUCGUGUCCGUGGAGAGAUCUCCUGCGUACACCAAGACGCUGGAGGAAGAGACAAUCUCAGCAAAAAGCGACGACGAGACCAUGGAGGUCUGUCGACGUCUUCAAUCGGAUACAGUCGAUAAGGCUUUUCAGAUGGAAGUUUCGCCGGCGAAACGUGUGAAAGGCAUCUUGCGACCUCCGAAUGAGAAGCGCAAUAAAGGUCGGAUCGAGUUCGAUCCGUUGGCUUUGCUCCUUGAUGCGGCCUUGGAAGGAGAGCUUGAUCUGGUCAAGACCAGCGCUGGAAAGGUUCUUUCGAAGAAUUUUGACUAGAAACUGAUCAUUUUUUUCUGAAUAAUUCUCAUUUCAAUAUUCGAAUUUAUUUAAGUUUGCUUUUUUUUCGGAAUUUUGUCAUGAAAGAGUUUUUCAUCUGCUAGAGGAAGAUACUGGAAUUCAAUCUCCUUGAAGUUACGAAGUAAAUAAAAUUACGAGAGAAUAACGUUUUUCAAAAAAACGCUGCGGCCGUUCCGGGUGUUAAAAUUUUACGACUUACUUGGCUAGUAAAAAAAUACCUCUCUAUCUGGCAUAAAUGAACUUAGGAACUAUUUUUUGCAGAAAGGAACAUGAAUUUUCAGCUACAAGAUGUUUCGAUGGCGAAUGAUGAGGGAAUAACUGCCCUUCACAACGCGAUCUGUGCUGGACACUACGAGAUCGUCAAGUUUUUAAUCGAGCAGGACGCCGACGUGAAUGCGCAGGUUUAGCCGCGCGAAAAAGCGAAUGAAUCCCGGAGUUGUGCAGGAUUCGGACGGCUGGACUCCGCUGCACUGCGCGGCGUCGUGCAACAACCUGCCGAUGGUCCGGCAGUUGGUCGAAGGCGGCGGCUGCGUCCUGGCGUCGACGCUCUCCGACAUGGAGACGCCGGUCGAGAAGUGCGAGGAGGAGGAGGACGGCUACGACGGCUGUCUCCGAUACCUCGUCGCCGCUCACAACGCCACCGGCUCCCUCAACGAUGCCAAGGUCCCGUCUUAUCGUCAUCAUUCGACCCCUUUAGUCUCUCCUUCCAUCUAGCGUUUUUAAUCAACAGUGUAUUCUUCGGAUAGUCCAUGUAGAAGAUAAACGAGGUCAAAUCACAGGAAAUUUCAUAGUUCGGUUCGAAAAUUUUUGAAGUUUCUUGAGUUUUUUGAUUUUAACUUCAUGAUUCUCAGAUGAAAUGUUUUUUUGCUGCAAAAAUUAUCUGACUCUAAUUCGCACACGUUGAUCAAUAGAGUCUUUUUAUCCACAAGAGAAUAAUUCUGCAGAUAUUUUCAAAAAUCGACUUGGAAAGUAUAUUUUUGGAUCAAAGCCAAGUUUUUCGUAUGCCAAGCUUUGUUUGCGUGAUUAGAAAGGCGUCUGGGCAUAAAGUAUUUCAUUUGCGCGCGUUCCUCGACGGAAAACACGCCGCCAACCGAGUGUAAUGAGAUUUACACGCGACGGCCACGAAAGACCGAUUUUUAUGAUAUCACGGCAUGAGGAUACGCGAUGCUAAGCUGCGAUUUAAUGAGAGUCAAGGUGUGGGAGUCAAACGAGAGGCCUUAUCUCUUUAUUGGAGGCUUUUCCUCCGGACAGCUUCCUUUUACACAACGGAAAGCGCGUUUUAGGCUCUAAUAACUCCAAAUGAUGUUGUGAAAUGCCAGAAACCCUUUACUCGUUUUUGAAACUUGUAACAUCUAGUACCAAAAACAAAAUCUCUAAAUAAAAUGAUACAUUCAGAAAUUUUAAAAGGUCUCUGAUACGCAGUAUUAUAAAUUAUCAUAGGGGUAUAACUAAUAAAUCUAUCAGACCGUCUGGCUAACCAAAUCCUACUUCAACUUUUCCUCUAAACGAUUACUCUUCUUUAGGUCUACGCUGCAUACCCCUACGAGGCCCAACAAGAAGAUGAACUGACUUUCGAAGCCGGCGACGAGUUGGUCGUCCUCUGCAAGGACGACGUCGACAAAGUUCGUCCUUUACUUGCCCUGUUAUUCUCUGAAACUCAAAAAUCGUUUUUCAGCACUGGUGGACCUGCCGAAGCACGUCUGGAAGAACGGGUUUGGUGCCUCGGACGUACGUCGCUUUGUAUCCCGCUCUGAAGUUCCGCGACAAGUGAGUCGAAGGUCAUCUUGUUACGGGGAAGCCUGAAUGUGUUCCUUAGACUGGACUUCUUGAUGUUCGACAUUCCGCUCGAACCAAACAACAACCUCGACGGAGAGAAGGAUUAG